AUGGAAUCAAUCAAGUGGACACCCCAAGAAUCCUUCAACCAGACCCAGUCUAGCUCCCUCCUGCGUGACCCUGUGGAGGGGAAGAACAACACCAGUUCCACCAGGACCCUGAGGCUGCUGGAUGCUCCCAGCGCCGCCUGGUACAUCCUCACCAUCCUUGGCAUCUAUGGGCUGAUCUUCAUCUUCCAGCUGGCUAGCAACAUUCUCAGGAAAAGUGAGCGGUCCUUGGAGGGUGUUUACUACUCAAACUUAGCUGCUGAGCUCAAGAGGAAAGGGUUUCAGAGCAAGGUGGCCCAGUGUUCGCCACUGAUCAUCAGCAACGCAACCACCCUUCGGCCUCAGCAGCUCAGCCCGGAGCCAAAGCAUGAAGACAGCGGCCUCCACGUGGGAACCCAGCUGGUCCCUUGA